AAAUAAUGAGUGUAAAAGGUGGGGGUGGAUGUUGGACGGAGAGACGAUGGGGGAGAGGGAGAAAGGAGAGCGAUGGAGCGGAGCGAUGACAAAUCUGACGGAGAUGGCUUCGAAUCUGGAAUCUCUCCAGAAGCUUCUCCUCACCAAAGCCGUAUUCGUUGACGACGACACCUUCUCCAAAGCCUCAGUCGCCGCCGACCAAGCCCGCACCAUCAACCUUCUCAACCAACGCGUCCACACCUUGGAGAGAGAGGUCGACGCCGCCAUCACCGCCGCCGCCCGCGCUCGCUCCGAGAAGCGCCAGGCCGAGGCCGCUCAGAAGGCCGCCGAAUCACGCACUCAACAGCUCACAGCCGAACUCGAAAACACCACAAAGGUGUUUGAACUGCACAUGGAGGAGCUGCGUACCAAGCAGGAAGAAAUCGAGAAGCGUGACGAGGACAUCAAGCUUCUUGAAGCUAUUAUUCGAACACUUGGGGGAAAGGAAGCGCUCCCUACAUCGCGGUGAAAGCAUUUGUUUUAGUUGGGACAACAUUGGAAGCGCUAGUUUUACUGCUUAUCGGAAAAUAUAAGGAUGACCGGAGCAUGCGUUUCUAGUACGAUGUGCCCUUUGAGGUGCUUCUAAUGUAGUGAGGAGAUUAGUCACUGCUAUCGACGGUGAUACUCCAGGGAUAA